GACCGAAUCCCUCCAAGGGGUUUUGGGCGUGUAAAAUAAGAGGCGAGCGAGAGUACAGAACAACAAAAACAAUACACAAGAAAAGAGAGAUGGCUCACGGCGCUUAUAGCAAGCGGCGCGUGAGUGCAACGCGCCGUUCGAACUCGAAGCCUCUCGGUGUUGCCAAGAAACCCAAGCCCUCCGUUUCCCUCAAAAACCAGAUUCGAUCCUUAGAGCGUAUGCUCCGAAAGAAUCUGCCUCCCGAGGCGAGAGAGGCGCAAGAGCAAAAGUUAGAAGCACUGAAGAAGCAGCAAGAGAUUCACACGCGCCUCGCUGCGGAACGCAAGAUUUUUUUACGUGACCGGAAGAUCAAGUUCUUCGAGAGGAGGAAAAUUGAAAGGCGAAUCAGACGCCUCGAGAAACUGCACCGUGCCUCUUCUUCUUCAUCUUCUUCUUCUGCCCAACCUUACUCUGACCAGCUUUCCGCUCUAAAACAAGAUCUUCAAUAUGUCAUGUACUUUCCAAAGAAUGAAAAAUAUGUCCCUUUGUUUACCGGCGGUGAUGAUUCAGAGAUAGUUGACAGGAGGAAUGGGUUGCGCAAACAGAUUGAAGAUAGGUUGAUUGCAGCUGCUGCAAGUGGCAAGGAUUUAGAAGAGACUGGCAGUGAGGAUGACGGUCUGUUGGAUCUGAGUGAUGAUGAUUUUUUCCUUGCUGGGAGUUCUAGUGAUGAAGCAGAUGCAGAUGAUGAAUGGACAGACAAAAGUGCAAGAGAGCAGGCUUCUAGUGCUUCUGGGAAAGGUGUGUCUGGCAUGUCCAGUGAUGAAAAAAACCAGAGGCAGAUUUCUGCUAGAGCUUUGAUGCCUCCUCCUCGCCCUUCAAAUAUGAAAUUGUCAAGGUUUGGGUCAUCUUCUGGCCAACAUUCAUCCAUACAAAGAUCUGAUAUUUCCACAUCGAGCAACACGUCAAAUAGCAAAAGCAGCUCAGACUUCAAAGUAAGGGGACCCUCGAGAUCAGGAACAGGCCAUGGAAGUAGUUUAAGCUCCAACUCUGAUGCUCACAAGCCUCGCAGGAAGAGAAGACCUAAGAAGAAAAAGAAGCAGCUGUAGAUGAGGUGAGCAUCACCAUAGGCAAUUGGAUUUGUCAUCACAUUAAUUCGUUCUUAUCUGGUGGUGAGAUCACACUGGUCAAUAUAAUGAUCAUAUAUGUAUUGACUUGUUAGGUUAGAUGAAGAAUUGUUAUUGUAGAUUGUCUUAUGAUAUGAGCUCUUCAUAUUUAACCAUGGCUUACUGUAAAUUAAAUUGAACUACUCAUUUAUCUGUGGGAUAAUAUUUUACCUUUUCUGGCAAAGAUGGCGCAAAAACAUAA